AUGACGCACAUUCGAGUCGGCAGUUUACGCUGCAUAUUGAUUUUAUUAACAACUACACUUGUUGCUAACGGAGAUUUGCAAAAUUUCAUUGAAUUACAGCAUAGACGAAAACAUUUACCUGAUACUAAAUUUGGAUCAGAUGACUAUGCUGAACUUUUAGAUAAUAAUGAACCAGAGGUAGCGGAAAGUGAUCCCAAUUGGAGUAAAAUACCAGUGAGAGAUGUUGAAUUAUAUCCCAAUAAACCAUUAAUUUCUGAAUCUAUUCAAACUAAUCAACGUUCUACAUUUGAAUCAGAUAUAAAAUGGGAUAAAAAUUGGACUCCGGAAUUGAACUAUGGACAACUGUCAGGUGUUGAUUUAGAUCCAAACGGUAACAUAGUUAUUUUUAGUAGACGUGAAAUAGUAUGGGGUCAAGAUACUUUUGACUAUGGAAAUAAAUUUAAUCGAGCGUACGGACCUAUCAAACAUAACACAAUAAUAAUACUUGAUAAAAAUGGUAAAGUUAUAUUAGAGUGGGGUAAAAAUAUGUUUUAUCUCCCACAUGGUUUAACAAUCGAUCAUAAUGGAAACUAUUGGUUAACGGAUGUCGGACUGCAUCAAGUAUUCAAAUUUGAUGGAAAAGACAUCAAAAACAAUUGGGAGUUUUUGAAAAAUAUUCAAGAUAAAUCUGAACCUGACAAUUCUGCUCCUAUUAACGAUCAGAACUUAUUUAACAACAGUAUUAUUAAGCCUACAUUAAUAUUAGGGGAAGCAUUUGUGCCAGGGAAUGAUAACGAAAGGUUUUGCAAGCCAACGAGUGUUGCUGUUGCUAACAAUGGAGAUUUUUUUGUGAGCGAUGGAUAUUGCAAUUCACGAAUUAUAAAGUUCAACAGCAGAGGGGAGAGAAUACUAACUAUUGGCCGGAUUUUGAUUAUGAGUAGUUAUUUUAUGUCACCUUACGCAUUUUCUGUACCUCAUGCAUUAGCACUUGAUGAUGAUAUGAAUUAUUUAUAUGUUGCUGACCGAGAGCACGGCAGAGUUCUCUGUUAUUAUGCCCAAAAUGGAACCUUCCACAAAGAAUUUAAAAAUUCUGUUAUUGGGACUAAAAUUUACAGUAUUGCUUAUGCAAGACAACAUCUUUAUAUAGUUAAUGGAGCAGAUCCAUUUUCUUACACUAAAUUUCAUAUUCGAGGGUUCGUUAUUGAUGUUAAUUCGGGAGACGUUGUUGCAGAAUUCGGUCCUAAUAAUGACAUGCUUGGACCACAUGAUAUUGCUGUUUCUGAUGAUGGCAGUGAAAUAUAUGUCAUUGAAUUAAAUAGUAAUGCGAUAUACAGAUUUUUACAAGAUGUUCAUCCGAAUCGUUCAGUAAGAAUCAAUUCAUCGCAAACCACAAAAUCUACAGAUUCAGCAGCAACGGGUCAUCAUAACUUUGUUCCUCUGACGAGUGAUAAUUUAAGUGAUAAACUGUCGACUCACAUGAGUUUAUCGAUACUAAUAUUGACGAUUAUCGUCAGUGUGAUGAUUUUUAUUGGUCUUUGCGUAGGCGUUGCAGCAGUUGUAGCGAGAUGUCAAAAAAGAGGAUGCUUGUUGUCUGUUCGUAAAAGAGGUUACUGGGCAAAUGACAGUAAAGAUAAUUUUAAAUUAUCAAGUUUACUAAAUACUAGGCAAAAUAAAAAUUUUAGAAUUUUCGACAAAAGACCAAGUACACGUGACUUCAGUAAAUUGAAUACAGAACCCGAAACAACAGAUGAUGAACAUGUGGAAGAUAACCUUAUUAUAUAA